CGCUGGCAUGAGCAACAGCUGCCUACCGCCCGAACACUGACCACCACCUACGAAAAGCUAUACCCAACGACGAGAACCUUCCCAAACGCAUCCUGUUCGAAAUUACACACUGGGAAUCUGAAAGUAGCGGAUUCGAGAUCUCCAAUGCUGCCAAGCCCGAGAUGAUCUACGACUACUACGUGUUUCCACGAGACCUACGAUGUCGUGUAUCCUGCUGAGGGUGGCCCUGCUUUCGCUCAGAAAGUGAAGGACCAUGCGCGCUAACCGAGACCUCACGAACCCGCUCAUGCCGUGGGCAGCGGCGUUCCAAGGCUGGCUCGACAACACACUCACUCCGGAGUCCAGGCUGAGCUAUAGCGAACGUAAAGCUCACAUGAUAGACUGGCCUAACGCUCCUUCGACACCCGACCACUUCGUUCCAUUUGUCACUGCUGCUGGUGCCGGCAUGGAGGAGAACAAACCUGCGGCGGAGAAACUUUUUGGUGGAUGGGAAAUGGGUCAUCUGUCGUUUGCCAGCUAUGCCUGGGGGUAUUGAACAUUAAGCAGCCAUCUCUAGACAAGUAGGAUUCUAAUUCAUUUUACUAUUGCCUCGCCGUUAUCUAGUAUCAGCUCAAAGGAGCACUGUGACGUUCAACCGCCAUAGGUCAGACC